AUGUUUUGCUUCUUACUCAGUAAAGUUAGAUCUGAUGUCCAGAUGAACUAUAAUGCCGAUACUGGAGAAUUCCAAGUAAGUGGUAGUGGAGAAUUUACAGCAGAUCAAAUUAUAGAAUUAUUUCCAGAUGGCAAAAACUAUACUUCCUUGAAAAUAACUGGCGAACUCACAUCAAUUCCAUUAAAUGCAUUCAAUGAAUCGUAUGAUCUUGUUAGCGUUACAAUCACAGCGCCAAUAGAAAAUAUAGAUAACUAUUCCUUCUAUUAUUGUGCAGCCUUAACAACAAUAACAAUGCCAGAUACAGUAAAAACUCUUGGUGAAUCAACUUUUGAAAGAUGUUCACAUCUCUCAAGUUUUAUAAUUCCACCAUUACUCAAAGUUAUUCCUAAAAAUGCUUUUACAGAUGCGACGCAUUGA